UGAGUCACAAGGCAGCAGCGGUAAGGGAAAGAAAAAAGUAGUUGAACGGGGCGGGGGACUCGCUAAAUAAAAGUAGAUCAGCUGCUGUUGCUCUUCUGCUGGCAUGUGUGUGGACUGCUUUGGUUACAUGCACGUCCGUCGCUUACCACUCCUGCACUUCUAAGACAGGGAUAGCAGCCAAGACAGGCGUUUGCAUUCGCUAUUUGUCUGGACAGACCACCCCCCUGCAGGUUUACGCUGCAGAAUGUAACUCCUAGAAAAAUUCCAUCCUCAGUUCCAACUUGGACUCUGGUAAACAGAGUUGGCUUCAGGCGUCUCCCCCUGGGCUUAAUUCAACUUCAGGGCCACUUUGCUGCAACUUCAGAGUCUUUGCUCCGGGCAUAGAAGACAUCUUAAAGGGUCAGAACCUGACACAGAGGAUGAGCUGGUUAUUGAAGAACCCUCAGAGUUCAUAGAAGAGGAAAGGCCCCGUCCACAAGGAUCAUCACCUGUGUAUGAAUAUGCCAUUCAAGAAGAUUACAGUAUUUUAGAUAAGCAACCUGAGGAAAGCUUUUAUCUUUACAAGGAAAGCACACAGAUUAAAAAGGGCAAAAGUGGAUUUGGAGCAUUUUUUGAGAAACACUUCACUGCUAAAAUGAGUCAGACAGAGGAUUUCAGCAUAACAAAUGAGUCUGAUUUAGUUGUAAAUACAGAAGCUGAAGUAUUUGCAAAAGGAAUAACUAUAAGUGGUGGAGGAAAGGAUGGCAUAUUCAUCAAGAACAUCAAGAAAGAGUCACCAGCUUCGAAGAUUCAAAAUAUUAAAGAAGGUGAUCAAAUUUUGAGUGCCACAAUAUACUUUGAUGAUGCCAAGUAUGAAGAUGUUGUGAAAAUUUUAGAGCAUUCUGAAACCUACAAAAUGCAGUUAUGCUUAAAACGCAAGCACCCGGAAACAUCAUGCCUUAAGGAAGAAAACAAAUACAUUAUAUUUCAAGAUGAUGUAGAUACAGCAACAGAAAGGGGAAGAGCAAGAAAACACAGGCAACAAGACAAUAGAAUUUCUUGGCCUAAAUUCCCAUCACUAACUAAGGGGAAAAAAAUGCAGUUCAGAAGAUCUCAAAGUACACCAGAAACAGAUGAACAUAAACAAACAGAAACAAGUCCAACCAACAGUGAUGCUGAAUCUUCGUGUAAGUCUGAUGAACCUCUUCAAUCAAAAAAAAUGAAAGAGAAAAAUAGAUUAUCAAUUCAAGGAACAAGGACUCUGAAGAACAAAGUGGAAGAAGAACUGAGCAUGGAAUCUACAGUAAAGCCUUCAGAACAUUUGAAAACAGAAUCAAGAUCUUCAAAGAAAUACAUAUCCAAACAGCGUUCAUUAAAUGCCAUGGACGGCAUAAAGAGUGGAAAGUCAGAAAUAUAUUCACCGGAUGCCAAUGAAAGACAACUUGCAAAAAGAGUGAGAAAAGAAUAUUCCACUUCAAAUGUUAUAGGCCCUGAAGUUGAAAUCAGCCAAAGCAAAGAAAAACCUCUUAAUCUGGAUGAUGCCUUCCAGAUACAAGACAGCUCCAUAAGUGUACAAACCAUGGAAGCAGAGAACACCUUUGUAAAAUGUGAACCACGAGAAAGAAGAACAUCAAGACUUAGAUCAGAGUUGAGAGUUACUAUUAAAAGCACUGACAGAGAAGACGAACACUUUGAGGAAGAAACAUCUCCUAAGUUCAUAAUAGUAGAAAGUAUGCCAAACGUGCUAGGUCAGACACUGAAGUAUGAUGUUUGGUCGACACAAGAUGGUACUCAGGGAUCUGAGGAAGUUUUUCAAAAAGAUGCAGAAGUUCCACAUAUUGUAUCCUGUGCAAAUGUAAAGAGUCGUCAGCUGGACGUUGAAAUAAACACACAGAAAAGAGACGUGUAUACAUCUAGACUUAAAUUUGAUAUAAUACAACCUAAUAGUGAUAUCAAAGAUGAAAAAAUAGGAGAUUACACAAAUAUUGAUGCAAUCAAUAGAGACAAAGGUAAAAAUGAACAAAACAGAACAAGAAUUCAACAAGGCGAUAUAGCCACAAUCUCAUAUAUACAAAAGACACACAUAGCAGGUGAAGAAGAAAUGAUUAAAAUGCAUGACACACUUACAGACCCAACAAAAAUGCCUAAACUGAAAAUGAAGGAAAAGAAGCAGAGUGAGGACACAUUAUUACAUGAAACAACUAUUCAUACCACUUCACAUAUCCAAAGAGGUGGAAUGAAAGAAAUGAAAGAUUCAUUAGAGACUGACAAAACUUCACCUUUACCUACUAAAGAAAAAAUUGUAUUUUCUGAAGCAAGGGAAGAGACCCACCGAGGUGCAUUACCAGAAAUAGGAAAGUUUAGAAUACCCGAAGAAAAAACUCUUAAACUUGGUAUUUCUGAAAAAAAUUUUGAAUCAAAGGGGCCAAAACAAAUCCAACUGGAAAAACCCGAAGCCACUGCAUAUAUAAAGACAGAAGCUAGAGAAAUUUGCUGUGAGAGAACAGAUACUGAAUUUCCGAAAGCAAAGGCCACACUCAAUGAAGCUGGAGGGAAUGUUCAAACGUUAUCAAUGGAUGACAGAGAAAAUGAAAAGAAGAAAGGAAAAUUCAAGAUACCUCACUUUAAAAUGCCUUCAUUUGAAAUAACAGAAUCAACAGAAAAACUUCCAGCAGAUGCAGUGGAUACAAGUACAACAAAAGUAGACAUUAAACUGCUGAAAAGAGAUAUGGAAAAGAAAGGUCCUGAAAUCCAAAAAACUGAAAGCGAAAAGGAUAUCAUGCUAUCAAAACCUAAAAACAUCAUUUCAGUCAGUGACCAUUCUGCUGAAGUUAAAGAACCAAUGGAACCACUUGAUGAAAAAAGUAAUGAAAGAAAAUUCAAAUUGCCAAAAAUCCUGGAUAUUGAUAUCCAAGGUCCCAAAAUGAAGGGAAAAGACAUAAAAAAGACUGUACAUGAGCCAACAACUGAGACCAAAAUCCCUCAGGCAAAAAUAGAAGUCAAAAGUCCACAUGUGCACGCUCAGACUCUUUCAUUAGAAAAUGAAGAAAUAAGCAAGGAAAAUGGAAAAAUCAAGAUGCCAGAAAUUCAUAUGAAAAAAUAUGGCAUUUCUUUAUCUGAAGGUACAAGCAAACAGGGUAAAGGGGAUGAGUCUACAUCCAAAAUAGAUAUCACAUCUCCAAAAGUAGAACUUCACGUGAAGAAACCGCAGAUCUCAACAGAAGGGAAAGCUGAAGUGAAGAUGACUGCCCCGGAAUUUUCAUUAUCUACAACAAAGCCUUCUGUUGACCUGGCAACAGAGGAGCUUGGCAUUAAAGUACCAAGACCUGAAGGUGACAUUAAACUUGACAGAGAACAAGUCCUAGAGGCGGAGAUGCCAGAUGUGGACGUUUCACUGCGUACCACUAAGGAAAAACAAAUUGAGAUGACAUUGAAAGAAACGGACAUCACCUUAACAAAACCUAAACUAAAACCUGGAACAAUACAGGGAGAUACUGAACAAGUAAUCUUGGAAGAUAAGGAAACAGAUGGAAAACAAAUAAAAUUCAAAAUGCCCCGGGUGAAAAUGCCAACAUUUGGAGUGUCAGUCUCGGCAGAGAAAGUGCCUAAACAAGAAAUGCAUGUGGCAGUGAUCAAACCUGAGGUUUCAUUACCAGCAGUAGAUGUUGAUGUUAAAGGUCCUCAAGUGACAACUGUUACAACUGGUCUUGAUGUCAGUGGAGAAAGACCUGAAAUCGAUCUCGCCUCAAAAAAUAUUUCUGUGGCAGCUCCACAAAUAGAUGUCCAACUACCAUCAAUAAUGACACGCCUCCAAAGCAAAGAAGGACAACUAAAGGAAAGCGAACAGCCAGAGCUUGUGGAGUCCAUUCCAGGUAUAAAAAGUUUUGAUGUUACCGUUCCAGGUGUGGAAACAGACAUUCAUUUGCCAAAAAUCGAGAAAACAAAGAAAGAAACCGGAGAAGAAAUUGAAGCAUCGUCAAAGGAAGACACUGAAAAGGAGAAGAAGAAAGGAAAAUUCAGAAUGCCUCAUUUUAAAAUGCCUUCAUUUGGAUCUUCAGCAUCACCAGAAAAACUUCCAAAAGAUACAGUUGAUUCUGGCUCAGCAAAAGUAGACAUUACACUCCCAAAAGUGGAUUUGGAAAUUAAAGGUCCCAAAGUCCAAAUGAGUGAAGAUCAAGAGGCUUCAAGGCUGUCAAAACCUGAACAGGUACUCACUGUAACUAUGCCGUCUGUUGAAGUUGAAGAGAGAGAUGUUGAUACUAAAUUACCAGGAGAAACGUUAGAAGAAAAGGGAAAAGAAAGCAAAUUCAAAUUGCCACAAAUCCCUGACUUUGAUAUCGCAUUCCCUAAAAUAAAGGCCACAGACGUGAAAUCGGCUGUGCAUGAGCCGGGUACUGAGAUAAAGCUUCCUGAGGCAGAAAUCGAUGUCAAAGAUCUGGAUGGGGAGCCUGAGAGUCUUUCUUCAGAAGAUGCUGAAUCGAAAAUGGAAAAGGGAAAAUUCAAGAUACCAGAAAUUCAUAUGCCAAAAUUUGGCAUUUCAUUCUCUAAAGGUUCAAGCAAACAGGGUAAAGGGGAUGAGGCUACAUCCAAAAUAGAUAUCACAUCUCCAAAAGUAGAACUUGACGUGAAGAAACCGGAGAUCUCAACAGAAGGGAAAGCUGAAGUGAAGAUGACUGCCCCGGAAUUUUCAUUAUCUACAACAAAGCCUUCUGUUGCCCUGGCAACAGAGGAGCUUGGCAUUAAAGUACCAAGACCUGAAGGUGACAUUAAACUUGACAGAGAACAAGUCCUAGAGGCAGAGAUGCCAGAUGUGGACAUUUCACUGCCUAUCACUAAGGAAAAACAAAUUGCGAUGACAUUGAAAGAAACGGACAUCACCUUAACAAAACCUAAACUAAAACCUGGAACAAUACAGGGGGAUACUGAACAAGUAAUCUUGGAAGAUAAGGAAACAGAUGGAAAACAAAUAAAAUUCAAGAUGCCCCGGGUGAAAAUGCCAACAUUUGGAGUGUCAGUCUCGGCAGAGAAAGUGCCUAAACAAGAAAUGCAUGUGGGAGUGAUCAAACCUGAGGUUUCAUUACCAGCAGUAGAUGUUGAUGUUAAAGGUCCUCAAGUGACAACUGUUACAACUGGUCUUGAUGUCAGUGGAGAAAGACCUGAAAUCGAUCUCGCCUCAAAAAAUAUUUCUGUGGCAGCUCCACAAAUAGAUGUCCAACUACCAUCAAUAAUGACACGCCUCCAAAGCAAAGAAGGACAACUAAAGGAAAGCGAACAGCCAGAGCUUGUGGAGUCCAUUCCAGGUAUAAAAAGUUUUGAUGUUACCGUUCCAGGGGUGGAAACAGACAUUCAUUUGCCAAAAAUCGAGAAAACAAAGAAAGAAACCGGAGAAGAAAUUGAAGCAUCGUCAAAGGAAGACACUGAAAAGGAGAAGAAGAAAGGAAAAUUCAGAAUGCCUCAUUUCAAAAUGCCUUCAUUUGGAUCUUCAGCAUCACCAGAAAAACUUCCAAAAGAUGCAGUUGAUUCUGGCUCAGCAAAAGUAGACAUUACACUUCCAAAAGUGGAUUUGGAAAUUAAAGGUCCCAAAGUCCAAAUGAGUGAAGAUCAAGAGGCUUCAAGGCUGUCAAAACCUGAACAGGUACUCACUGUAACUAUGCCGUCUGCUGAAGUUAAAGAGAGAGAUGUUGAUACUAAAUUACCAGGAGAAACGUUAGAAGAAAAGGGAAAAGAAAGCAAAUUCAAAUUGCCAAAAAUCCCUGACUUUGAUAUCGCAUUCCCUAAAAUAAAGGGCCCAGACGUGAAAUCGGCUGUGCAUGAGCCAGGUACUGAGACAAAGCUUCCUGAGGCAGAAAUCAAAGUCAAAGAUCUGGAUGGGGAGCCUGAGAGUCUUUCUUCAGAAGAUGCUGAAUCGAAAAUGGAAAAGGGAAAAUUCAAGAUACCAGAAAUUCAUAUGCCAAAAUUUGGCAUUUCAUUCUCUAAAGGUUCAAGCAAACAGGGUAAAGGGGAUGAGGCUACAUCCAAAAUAGAUAUCACAUCUCCAAAAGUAGAACUUGACGUGAAGAAACCGCAGAUCUCAACAGAAGGGAAAGCUGAAGUGAAGAUGACUGCCCCGGAAUUUUCAUUAUCUACAACAAAGCCUUCUGUUGACCUGGCAACAGAGGAGCUUGGCAUUAAAGUACCAAGACCUGAAGGUGACAUUAAACUUGACAGAGAACAAGUCCUAGAGGCGGAGAUGCCAGAUGUGGACGUUUCACUGCCUACCACUAAGGAAAAACAAAUUGAGAUGACAUUGAAAGAAACGGACAUCACCUUAACAAAACCUAAAUUAAAACCUGGAACAAUACAGGGAGAUACUGAACAAGUAAUCUUGGAAGAUAAGGAAACAGAUGGAAAACAAAUAAAAUUCAAGAUGCCCCGGCUGAAAAUGCCAACAUUUGGAGUGUCAGUCUCGGCAGAGAAAGUGCCUAAACAAGAAAUGCAUGUGGGAGUGAUCAAACCUGAGGUUUCAUUACCAGCAGUAGACGUUGAUGUUAAAGGUCCUCAAGUGACAACUGUUACAACUGGUCUUGAUGUCAGUGGAGAAAGACCUGAAAUCGAUCUCGCCUCAAAAAAUAUUUCUGUGGCAGCUCCACCAAUAGAUGUCCAACUACCAUCAAUAAUGACACGCCUCCAAAGCAAAGAAGGACAACUAAAGGAAAGCGAACAGCCAGAGCUUGUGGAGUCCAUUCCAGGUAUAAAAAGUUUUGAUGUUACCGUUCCAGGGGUGGAAACAGACAUUCAUUUGCCAAAAAUCGAGAAAACAAAGAAAGAAACCGGAGAAGAAAUUGAAGCAUCGUCAAAGGAAGACACUGAAAAGGAGAAGAAGAAAGGAAAAUUCAGAAUGCCUCAUUUUAAAAUGCCUUCAUUUGGAUCUUCAGCAUCACCAGAAAAACUUCCAAAAGAUACAGUUGAUUCUGGCUCAGCAAAAGUAGACAUUACACUCCCAAAAGUGGAUUUGGAAAUUAAAGGUCCCAAAGUCCAAAUGAGUGAAGAUCAAGAGGCUUCAAGGCUGUCAAAACCUGAACAGGUACUCACUGUAACUAUGCCGUCUGUUGAAGUUGAAGAGAGAGAUGUUGAUACUAAAUUACCAGGAGAAACGUUAGAAGAAAAGGGAAAAGAAAGCAAAUUCAAAUUGCCACAAAUCCCUGACUUUGAUAUCGCAUUCCCUAAAAUAAAGGCCACAGACAUGAAAUCGGCUGUGCAUGAGCCAGGUACUGAGAUAAAGCUUCCUGAGGCAGAAAUCGAUGUCAAAGAUCUGGAUGGGGAGCCUGAGAGUCUUUCUUCAGAAGAUGCUGAAUCGAAAAUGGAAAAGGGAAAAUUCAAGAUACCAGAAAUUCAUAUGCCAAAAUUUGGCAUUUCAUUCUCUAAAGGUUCAAGCAAACAGGGUAAAGGGGAUGAGGCUACAUCCAAAAUAGAUAUCACAUCUCCAAAAGUAGAACUUGACGUGAAGAAACCGGAGAUCUCAACAGAAGGGAAAGCUGAAGUGAAGAUGACUGCCCCGGAAUUUUCAUUAUCUACAACAAAGCCUUCUGUUGCCCUGGCAACAGAGGAGCUUGGCAUUAAAGUACCAAGACCUGAAGGUGACAUUAAACUUCACAGAGAACAAGUCCUAGAGGCGGAGAUGCCAGAUGUGGACGUUUCACUGCCUACCACUAAGGAAAAACAAAUUGAGAUGACAUUGAAAGAAACGGACAUCACCUUAACAAAACCUAAACUAAAACCUGGAACAAUACAGGGGGAUACUGAACAAGUAAUCUUGGAAGAUAAGGAAACAGAUGGAAAACAAAUAAAAUUCAAGAUGCCCCGGCUGAAAAUGCCAACAUUUGGAGUGUCAGUCUCGGCAGAGAAAGUGCCUAAACAAGAAAUGCAUGUGGGAGUGAUCAAACCUGAGGUUUCAUUACCAGCAGUAGAUGUUGAUGUUAAAGGUCCUCAAGUGACAACUGUUACAACUGGUCUUGAUGUCAGUGGAGCAAGACCUGAAAUCGAUCUCGCCUCAAAAAAUAUUUCUGUGGCAGCUCCACAAAUAGAUGUCCAACUACCAUCAAUAAUGACAUGCCUCCAAAGCAAAGAAGUACAACUAAAGGAAAGCGAACAGCCAGAGCUUGUGGAGUCCAUUCCAGGUAUAAAAAGUUUUGAUGUUACCAUUCCAGGGGUGGAAACAGACAUUCAUUUGCCAAAUAUCGAGAAAACAAAGAAAGAAACCGAAGAAGAAUUUGAAGCAUCGUCAAAGGAAGACACUGAAAAGGAGAAGAAGAAAGGAAAAUUCAGAAUGCCUCAUUUUAAAAUGCCUUCAUUUGGAUCUUCAGCAUCACCAGAAAAACUUCCAAAAGAUGCAGUUGAUUCUGGCACAGCAAAAGUAGACAUUACACUUCCAAAAGUGGAUUUGGAAAUUAAAGGUCCCAAAGUCCAAAUGAGUGAAGAUCAAGAGGCUUCAAGGCUGUCAAAACCUGAACAGGUACUCACUGUAACUAUGCCGUCUGUUGACGUUGAAGAGAGAGAUGUUCAUACUAAAUUACCAGGAGAAACGUUAGAAGAAAAGGGAAAAGAAAGCAAAUUCAAAUUGCCACAAAUCCCUGACUUUGAUAUCGCAUUCCCUAAAAUAAAGGCCACAGACGUGAAAUCCGCUGUGCAUGAGCCAGGUACUGAGAUAAAGCUUCCUGAAGUAGAAAUCGAUGUCAAAGGUCUGGAUGGGGAGCCUGAGAGUCUUUCUUUAGAAGAUGCAGAAUCGAAAAUGGAAAAGGGAAAAUUCAAGAUACCAGAAAUUCAUAUGCCAAAAUUUGGCAUUUCAUUCUCUAAAGGUUCAAGCAAACAGGGUAAAGGGGAUGAGGCUACAUCCAAAAUAGAUAUCACAUCUCCAAAAGUAGAACUCGACGUGAAGAAACCGCAGAUCUCAACAGAAGGGAAAGCUGAAGUGAAGGUGACUGCCCCGGAAUUUUCAUUAUCUACAACAAAGCCUUCUGUUGACCUGGCAACACGGGAGCUCAGCAUUAAAGUACCAAGACCAGAAGGUGACAUUAAACUUGACAGAGAACAAGUCCUACAGGCGGAGAUGCCAGAUGUGGACGUUUCACUGCCUACCACUAAGGAAAAACAAAUUGAGAUGACAUUGAAAGAAACGGACAUCACCUUAACAAAACCUAAACUAAAAACUGAAACCAUACAGGGGGAUACUGAACAAGCAAUCUUGGAAGAUAAGGAAACAGAUGGAAAAAAAAUAAAAUUCAAGAUACCCUGGGUGAAAAUGCCAACAUUUGGAGUGCCAGUCUCGGCAGAGAAAGUGCCUAAACAAGAAAUGCAUGUGGGAGUAAUCAAACCUGAGGUUUCAUUACCAGCAGUAGCCGUUGAUGUUAAAGGUCCUCAAGUGACAACUGUUACAACUGGUCUUAUUGUCAGUGGAGAAAGACCUGAAAUCGAUCUCGCCUCACAAACUAUUUCUGUGGCAGCUCCACAAAUAGAUGUCCAACUACCAUCAAUAACGACACACCUCCAAAGCAAAGAAGUACAACUAAAGGAACGCGAACAGCCAGAGCUAGUGGAGUCCAUUCCAGCAUCACCAGAAAAACUUCCAAAAGAUGCAGUUGAUUCUGGCUCAGCAAAAGUAGACAUUACACUCCCAAAAGUGGAUUUGGAAAUUAAAGGUCCCAAAGUCCAAAUGAGUGAAGAUCAAGAGGCUUCAAGGCUGUCAAAACCUGAACAGGUACUCACUGUAACUAUGCCGUCUGUUGAAGUUGAAGACAGAGAUGUUGAUAUUAAAUUACCAGGAGAAACGUUAGAAGAAAAGGGUAAAGAAAGCAAAUUCAAAUUGCCAAAAAUCCCUGACUUUGAUAUCGCAUUCCCUAAAAUAAAGGGCCCAGACGUGAAAUCGGCUGUGCAUGAGCCAGGUACUGAGACAAAGCUUCCUGAGGCAGAAAUCGAAGUCAAAGGUCUAGAUGGGGAGCCUGAGAGUCUUUUUUCAGAAGAUGCAGAAUCGAAAAUGGAAAAGGGAAAAUUCAAGAUGCCAGAAAUGCAAAUACGAACAUUUGGCAUGUCUUUCUCUAAAGGAUCAAGCAAACAGCGUAAAGGGGAUGAGUCUACAUCCAAAACAGAUGCCACAUCUCCAAAAGUAGACCUUAACGUGACGAGCCCACAGAUCUCAACAGAAGGUAAAUCUGAAGUGAAGGUGACUGCCCCUGAAAUUUCAUUGUCAACAACAAAGCCUUCUGUUGACCUGGCAACAGGGGACAUCAGCAUUAAAGUACCAAAACCUGAAGGUGACAUUAAACUUGUCAGAGAACAAGUCCUAGAGGCAGAGAUGCCAGAUGUGGACGUCUCACUACCUACGACUAAGGAUAAAGGAAUUUCACUGACACUGAAGGAAACAGAUACCUUAACAAAACCUAAACUAAGUGAAGUUAGAGAAGGACCCACAGAUGGCAAACAUAGUAAGUUUAAGGUGCCACAUUUUAAAAUGCCCAGAUUUGGAACAUCAUCCUCAGCAAAUAAAGCCCUGAAAGGUGAAACUGAGAUUGAUUCCCUGAAGGUUGAUAUGUCAUUAUUAUCAAGAGAUGAAGGGAUAAAAGAAGAACUCCCAAGUCCUCAUAUUGAUGUCAACAUUUCACAAGUCAAAACUGAGACUAUAGAUGUAAAAGUUGGCAGUAAAGAAUUUGUUUCUGUUUCACAUGUUAAACCAUCUUCAACUGACACCUCUAGAAUGGAAUUCAGUGAUAUUAAUUCAGAAAGUGACACUAAAGAAAAUGCUGGGACUGUAGAGGGCAACUUACCAACAUAUACAAAAGACAUUGUGCUGGAAUCUGAUAAAGAUGUUGUAAAAAGUGAAGUUAUGUCCUCAGAAGAGGCAGCUAAAUCUAAACAGAGUAAAGAAAAGAAGUCAGAAACAAAACCUAAAAAAAGCAAAAUUAAUUUACCAUCUUUUGGUAAUAUUUUAAAAGGUUUUGAUCUUGAAUUUCAUUUUCCAAUACUUGAGUCUGAUGAUUUAAAACCAAAAGAUCAAGAUAAACCAGCAGACACCAUUGGUAGAGGAGAAGGAAAUGUUGAUGGUAAUGUGGAGAGUCUUGGAAGCUUACCUACAGCACAGACUCUAGCUGAAGCCACGGUAAAGCACAAAGGUGCAGAACGAGGUGAACAUAAAUAUAGUGCAUCUGAUAACAAAAUACAAUCAGAAUCAAUAUCUGCUACUGCAUCCUCUGAGUAUAAACCUGCUGAAGUAAAUGUUUCUGAUCCACAAUCUGAGACAGACAUACAGAAUGAAAUCGCAAAAGAGAAGUCUGGAAUGUUUAAAAUUAGACUACCAUGGCUUGGCGAUAAUACAGAGGGCAGCAUUAAACAUGAAAAUAAAUCAAUAGAUUCAAAGGAGAAACACUUACACUAUGAGGAGAAAAAGGAAAGUGAAAUAUCAAGUGCAAAAGGAGGUUGGUUUAAAUUUCCAAAAUUGAACAUUUCCUCUCCUUUAAAGGACAUCAAAGAUGUCAACAAUGAAAAUGUUAGUGUACUAACAGAACAAUUAAAAGCUGAGCAUGAUAUUACUGAAGAGGAUGUUUCUGACAUAGCUGAGAUCUCUCAUGAUGCUGGCUUAAGUGAAAUGACAGACAGCCAUUUAACAGGCAUGCCUUUUGACUCUCCGACACGUGUUACAGUGAAAUACACACAUUCUAAUGUUGUUACUGGUACCAGUGAUGUAUUUGCUCCAAGUGAUAUUGUUACUUCCACAGCUAGAACUGAAUUAAUUCUUUUAGAACCAAGUAUACCAGAAAAAUUUAGAAUCAAUACCAGUAACUUACUUCAUGGUGAUCCAUCAAUGCCCACAAAAGAGAUUACUGAUAAAAUUGGAAAAGGAGAUACAUCCGUACUUCAGGAGUCAAGUAAAGUUCAACCUGAAAUGAUGGCUGACAAAUCAAGCGCCAUUCAUUCCACAGUUUUCUCAGAACAUACUUUACCAACAGAAAAAGUAAUAUUAAAAGUCUCCUCUUCACCAGCAACAUCUUCUGAUGAUACUACUCAAGGGGGUUUAACUGUAACCCACAAGGGAAGUGUAUCAGUGAAGAAGUAUGUUGUUAAGGAAACGUUUAGUGAUGAGAAGGAAAAUGUUGUAAUAACCCAAAAGAUGAAGCAAAAUGAUGAAGAUUCAGGAAUAAGAGGUACAGAGGAGGCAGUGUCUGCUCUCCAAAGGCUCAAAGACACAAUGCACUCUGAAAAGAUUAAAUUUUUCCAGACUCCAGAUUUGUCAACACCUGCAGUAAGCAGUCAGCCUACAGAAAAGGAACUACCAGAAAACAAAUAGUUUUGUCUUCACUAUCGUUAAUAACUGGCCUGUGUUCUUUAUUACUGAUAAACUGCUUUAUUUGGCUUGUCCACAGAAAAUGCUCUUUUGUCAGUGCAGCACUUUUCUCAUGUACAAGUAUAUUCAUUCUAUACUUAAUUUUAUUUACUUUGCUCUCAUAUGAUAAGUCCAUCACAUAUCUUAAGCAUAACACUCCCAGCAAAUUGAAGAACUCAAUUAAUAUACUUCAUUCUUUUUUGGAUAAAAUUGAUUUUUCCAUCAUUAAUAAAAUGUUUAUUGUGCCAAGAUAAAAAUGAUAAAAUUAUUAUGUUACUGGAACAUUGUCAUUCUUUGCAAUAAAUAUAUACAGAAGUUCAGAUUAAUAAGGUUUACAGUUUAAGUUCAUAAUUAUUGUCAAGUGUACUUAGGUGAACAAGGAAUCCAAUCAGGGGGCUCAGCACACAAUUUCUGUGGGGUUCCUGGUUCAGGUCAGUGUGGAGGGAGUGAUGCUAUCAGUCUAAUGAUGUCUGCCAGUCAGGAAGUACAAAUUCCAUCUCCUGCAGGUGUCAGUAUAUUCUAAAGUUAGGAGACUACUGAGUGGAGUUAUUAAAAAAAUGCAUCAGCACAAGUUGAUACUGUCAUGUUCUAGCUUCACUUAUCAUGGCUGCUUUUUGUUUUGUUCUUCAAAAACUAUAGAAACUACUUUUUAAAAACAAUGCCUGUUGUACAUGUACUGCAUAAUAGUAGGAUAACUGGAAUCUUAACAACACCAGCAAUUAUUAAAAAAAUGCUGCAUGUUAUCUUAAGGUUCAGAUUUAGAAUAAGCAACAUAAUGUUACAAAUUUCCACCUCUGCAGUCAUUUGUUGAAUGUCAGUUACAGAGAUUUAUGGAAUUUCUUCAGCAGCUUUUCUUUACAUGUCAAGUGCUCUCUAUUCAAAACUCUAAAAGCCUGUAAUAAUUUUCAAAUAAGUAAUCUGUUGAAAACAGAUGAGUAAAUCUUUCUCUGAUAUGUACAAAAUAAAUUAUUACCAUACAAUCAACAUGCAUACACAAGAGCUCUGCAUGAAAUUUAAGCAAAAAGAAAACAUUUAGUUUUUCUGCAAUGAAAAGACACUGACCACUAUGUCACACAUAUAUACAUAUGCAUAUGAUAAUGUAAUAAAUAUAUAUGGAUAAUAACCAUUAGCUAAAGCAAGUUAACUUGCACAAAAAUGCAUUGGAAAAGCCAGUUUUUACUAUUUUUUUCAAAACAAACAAUAAUGUUAAAGUUGUGUUUGUGGUAUGCUGUACAUUAUUGUACAAUGCUGAUUUUAUUCAGUUCAUAUAUUACAAAGUGAUCAAUAUUCUUUUUAAAUACUUAAAUGCUGGGUAUAGUUCUAAGCUAGCAUCUUUUCUUAUGUACCCACUGAACAUAGGCAAACUCGACUGUUCUUUAAAUAUUACAUUCUGUCAGAUAGCCAUAUGCAUUCACAUAAUUAAAAUAAAUUAUUUAUACUAACAAAUCUCAAAUGGCAAAUUUACAUCAAUGACACUUUCCCACAAGUGCAACACAUGUUGAACAUGCUAGCUGUUGUCACUGAACCUUAAUACUUUUCAUGAAUAUUACAAACUCAAAAUAUUGAUAUAUAUAUUUAAAGUGAUUUCUAAACAAAAUACUGUAAAUUAUGAGAGUACUCCCCUAAAACACCAGAAUGACCUGCAUGGAAAUGCUUUUUGGGUAUUUAUGGCUACUGUAUACAAUAUAAUAGCACAUAUUAACACAUACAAAAAUGUUAAAACUAACACAAAGUAAAAUCAAUUAAAAAAAUGGAAGUGAAAAGAAACAACAAUAUUGCAUAUUUAGACAAUCUUAUUAUUAGAUAGACCAGGUUCUAUCAGCAAUGGGAAUUUUUUAAUGAUUUCCACCUCCUGUGCUACUGCAUUUUGGGCUUUUGCAUAGAGGUUCCUCAGGUUCAUCCCUGCUUUGCAAUCAAUUUAUAUUAAAAUUGUUAUUUACAUAUGAAUAUUAAAUAAACUGUGAAUAUUAAAUAA